GGCCACGUCACCUCGAAAGACUCCGUUCUCUGUAUCCACGCCGUCACAGAUAAUACUUACUUAGGAAGACAUCGUCUUACCUUCGAGUGGAUAUAAAAGCAAGAGCCUCUCUUCAUUACACUGUAUUGAAUUCGCCUCGACCAUCACUCCACAAACCUCAUCAACCAAAACAAGUACCACUGUCAACGUCAUGUCUACCACCCUGCCCCUCUCUGGAAAAGUCGCUCUCAUCACCGGCUCCUCUCGUUCCAUCGGUGCUGCUAUCGCACAAAAGCUCGCCUCGGACGGGGCCAACGUCGUCGUGAACUACGUCUCGAACGCGUCCGCCGCGGAUCAGGUCGUCCAAUCGAUCGAGAGCCAAAAUGGGAAGGGGAAAGCUAUUGCGGUGAAGGCGGAUGCGGGGACGAUUGAGGGUGGGAAGGUAUUGUUGGAUGAGACGUUGAAGGCUUGGGGGAAGGUGGACAUCUUGGUUUUGAAUGCUGGUCUCAUGGGAAACAAGACGCUAAACGACAUAGACGAGGAGUUCUUCGACUCCCACGUCAAUGCGAACUUCAAAGGCCCGUUCUUCCUCACCAAGCUCGUUUCGCCACACUUGAAAGAAGGAGGUCGUAUCAUCUUCUUCUCAUCCACCCUGACUGCGUUCUCGCUCGCUCCGCCCACCUCGCUCUUAUAUGUCGCCACCAAAGCCUCAGUCGAGCAGCUCGCCCGUGUACUUGCAAAGGAGCUCGGACCUAAGGGCAUCACCGUCAACACCAUCUCUCCUGGCCCGAUCGACACCGAACUGUUUAGGAACGGCAAAUCGGAGCAGAUGAUCAAGUUCUUCGAGGGCCUACACCCACAGAAACGGUUGGGCCAGCCGGACGAGGUCGCGCCUCUGGUAGCGUUCCUUGCGGGUCCGGGCGCAACGUGGAUAAAUGGUCAGAAUAUCAAGGUCAAUGGGGGAUAUCAUGUCUGAGCGCGAGCCCUACUAGAGGGGUUAUAGAUAUAGAAUUUGUGAUGGGAUUGACUGAUGUCCCCCCAUGACCAUACACCGGUACCGCCCAAAUGGAUGCCUUGCAUAUUCUAGAGCCCAGCAGAACUAAAGACCCAUAUGCUGUCAAAGCACGGUCGCGUUAUUAGCAGGAUUGAAUACAGGCAAGUUCAGCGGAAGGCCGUUGGGUGCCACGUCCUCUCGGUUCUUCCAUACAGUAUCUUUUUCA